CCAGGCAGACUUCAGCAGCCGCCUGUGCGAGCCCGGCGCCUUCGGUCUCCGGGUAGCAGCAACAACCAAUCACCAAGCAGGUCGUUCGUGUAUCCAGGCAGAUCGCGUCGACUACAGCCAUUCAGAAAAAGGAAAAUAAAGCAACGCAGGAGCUGGCUGGACCGGGACCGUGGGGCUGGGCUGGAGUGAAGGUGGCUACGAGCUCUAACCCCAUGCUGGGAUGGCUGAAGAUGAGCCUGAUGCUAAAAGCCCCAAGACUGGGGCAAGGGCACCCCAAAGCGGUGCUGAGGCUGGGGAACCUACCACACUUAUUCAAAGGCUCCGAGGUACCAUUUCCAAGGCCGUGCAGAACAAAGUAGAAGGAAUCCUGCAAGAUGUACAGAAAUUCUCAGACAACGACAAGCUGUAUCUCUACCUUCAGCUCCCCUCGGGGCCCAGCACUGGAGACAAAAGCUCAGAGCCAAGCACGCUCAGCAAUGAGGAGUACAUGUAUGCCUACAGGUGGAUCCGCAACCACCUGGAGGAGCACACAGACACCUGUCUACCAAAGCAGAGUGUUUAUGAUGCUUAUCGGAAGUACUGCGAGAGUCUGGCCUGUUGCCGUCCACUCAGUACAGCCAACUUUGGCAAAAUCAUCCGAGAGAUCUUCCCUGACAUCAAGGCCCGAAGGCUUGGCGGCCGGGGCCAGUCCAAAUACUGCUACAGUGGUAUACGAAGGAAGACCUUGGUAUCUAUGCCACCUCUCCCUGGACUUGACUUAAAGAGUUCUGAGAGUCCAGAAGUGGGCCUGGAAGUAACCCCAGCACCUCGGGACGAACUGGUGGAGGCAGCCUGCGCCCUGACCUGUGACUGGGCAGAGCGGAUCCUGAAACGGUCCUUCAGCUCCAUUGUUGAGGUUGCCCGGUUCCUGCUGCAGCAGCAUCUCAUCUCUGCCCGGUCUGCACACGCCCAUGUGCUUAAGGCCAUGGGGCUUGCUGAAGAGGACGAACAUGCCCCUCGAGAACGGUCAUCUAAGUCCAGGAAUGGUGUAGAGAACCCAGAGUGGGGAGCCCACAAGAAACCAGAGAGACUGGCCCAGCCUCCUAAGGAGCCGGAAGCCUGGGCUGGGGCUAGCCCUCCAGCUCGUGGAGAGCGGAAGAAGAGUGUAAUCGAGAGCUUGGCCCCAGCAGCCAGUAACCCACAGGUUAAUGCCCUAGUAGCCCGGCUGCCUCUGCUCCUUCCCCGAGCCCCUCGCUCACUUAUUCCACCGAUCCAAGUUGCUUCACCCAUCCUGGCCCCGAAGCUUUCUUCAGGCACCCUGAAAGUGGCUACGCUGCCUCUGCCCAGUAGGGCUGGCGGACCCCAGGCAGCUGUGCCCAUCAUUAACAUGAUCUUACCAACUGUUCCUGCUUUACCGGGGCCAGGGCCAGGGCCAGGGCCAGGGCCAGGGCCUGGGCCUGGGCUGGGACCAGGACCAGGACCAGGGCGAGCUCCACCUGGAGGACUGACUCAGCCCCAGGGCCCAGAGAACAGGGAGGUAGGCAUUGGUGCUGACCCAGGAUCCCAUGACAAGGGUGCCAAGAGGACAGCAGAAGUGCCUGUGAGUGAGGCCAGUGGCCAGGACCCGCCAGCUAAAGCAGCAAAGCAGGACACAGAGGACCCAGCAAGUGAUGCCAAAAGAAAACGGGGGCGCCCCCGAAAAAAGUCAGGUGGAAGUGGGGAAAGAAAUUCUACCCCUGAGAAAUCAGCAGCAGCUAUGGACUCUGCCCAGUCCUCAAGGUUACCAUGGGAGACCUGGGGCCCAAGAGGGGAAAGCAACUCAGCUGGAGGGGUAGAAAGGCCAGGGCCCAACCGAGAGGCUGAGCAGAGGGUGGUACUUCCCGGGGGUCAGGAGGAUGGUGCUGUUUCUAAAGGAGGAAGGGUCCCUAGUUCCCGGCAAGCCAAAGAAGCAGAAGAUAAAAUUCCUCUCAUCGCCCCCAAAGUGAGUGUCAUCAAGGGCAGCAGAAGCCAAAAGGGAGGUCUUCAGGUGGUAAAGGGAGGGGCACACACUGCAGCACAGGGUAAUAAAGGCUUAAAGGGGCACGUGCUUCCAAGUUCCUUAACUCCUGAGUGUAAAGACCCUAAGACGACACCCCCAUGACGGCCAGAUCACGGGGUAGGGUCCGUAUCCCUAUGUUAACUCUGCCUGGCUGCACUUGCUUCUUACUUGGUUUUCUUUCCCCGCGGAGUCCACUCUGUACAGAUUGCUGAAUCAACCAGUCUUACAUACUGCCUGGUGGCUGCCUCUGACCUUUCCAUCUCAAUACUUUGGCUUCAGUGUAACCAAUAAAUCCAUAGUAACCUAA